AGGUUGGCAUCUUGAGGCGGGAAUCAUUUCCCCCGCGUUUGCAACGCUUUCUCUCUCCUUGCGCAAAGCGGCGUCCCGCCCAACCAGCGCCGCCCCGCCCGGCCCCUGGCUGGCUUCAGGUGGCUCAGCAGGUCCGUCCUCUUUGCUCGGAGGCGCUGAGCCUGGGCAGGGGGAGACUCGGCUCUGCGCGGGGAAGAGGAGGGGCAGGAAACCCGGCCUGGGCUUCGCCUCGGCGGCCUGCGAGCGCCUCCCGGCCAGCCCCCUUCCCAGUCUGCCGGGGCGCACCACGAGGACGCGCAAAGGCGCAGAGAGUUGGGAAGGAACUUCUGCCUGGAUUGGGCGCGGCGGCCACGAUGGGGCCCAGGGGCUGAGUGCGCCGGCCCAAGCUUGCUUCAGGAAGACGCACAAGAUGUCUCGUUCGGAGAGACCUCCUCGCGGUCAAGAUUACAGGCGCAGAGAGAACCCCGUGGCUGGCCGAUAUAUUGAAGACAGAGGCAGGAAACCAUAUCCACCCAAUGGAAGGGCAUUGCAAGGAUCGCUCUACCCUGACCACGCAAGGCCUUCUGUGGUUUUAGCAGACUCUCUCCCCAAAUACCCGCCUCCAAGUCACCUGUCUUCAGAACCUUCUCCGCAAUUGUAUCCUCCCAAAGAGACCUUUUCUGAGAAAUGCUCCAACCUGUGCUCAAGAAGAGGUAUCCUGCAGUUUGUUGAAAUCAUCGUCGGCAUCCUCGUGCUGAUCUGCAUCGGAGCAUCCCAGGCCUCGAUUUCGGGCUUCAGCGCCAUGGGAGGCUUCGGGUCUUUCAACAUCGAUUCGACCUAUAUCCCCUUCGAAGGGACCGAGCUCAAAGAGGUGAGAGAUCUGGACAUGCAGUACAGCCAAAUGAGAGCGCCUUGCGUGUACGGAGGGGUAGCCUUCAGCCUGACGCUGACCGCCCUCACCCUCCUCUUCCUCAUCGUUGGAGGAAAGCCGAUCCACCGCCUCUCGGUCCGGUUGCUCGUCGCCGAAUGCAUCUUCGACGUGCUGGCUUGCCUCGGGUACAUAGUGGCCGUCGGCCUCUACCUCCAUUUUGUCAUACAGAUCAAUUCAACCGACGUGUGCAAGAGGAGAGAGCGGCUCUACUCCCGGCGAGGGUACACGUGGAUGAACUGCGAUGUGCAAGGUGGAGAUGCGGCUGUGGCGCUCUUCGGCAUUGUAGCCGCGUGCCUGUAUUUCCCCAGCGCCGUGGUCUGUGUUCUCAGCAUCCGAAGCGUGCGGGAUUUUAAAAGGGAGGUGGCCAAGUCUCAGUACAACCUGGAAAGAAACUACAGGGGAAGAAGACCUCGGCAGUGUCUACAAGAGCCAGAGAAAGCGGCCAGACUGCCAAGACUUUUGCCACACUAGUGUAGAUGGUGGCAGGAAUUUAAGGGAAACUACACAGCAGCGUUGGGGACUGAGCAUUGGAAAGUAGAACUGCACUAUAUUGUUUUGAGGUGAAGAGGUGUAUAUAACGUACAUUUUAAACAAAGAGGCUCAGUAGAUGGGAUGACUAGCAAUAAUAUUGUGCAAAUCUAAACAAUAGUGCAGAGAUUUUAAAUUUUUUAAUUCAAUGCACCUCAGCUCGGUUUUGAUCUACUGCUCAUAGUAGAAAAGUUUUUUGCCUCAGGAGAUUGAUGAGUUUAAGAAGAUAAGCAAGGCUUUUUUUUUUAAAGCAGGAAGUCUUUUGCAUAUUAGGCUCCACCCCUAUGUAGCCAGUCCUCCUGGAGCUUACAGUAGACCCUCUAUGAAGAGCCUGUAAGCUCUUGGAGGACUGGCUACAUCAGGGGUGUGUGGCCUAAUAUGCAAAGGAGCUCCUGCUGCAAAAAAAGCCCUGGGGAUAAAAGACAGGGUUGUCAGGUCCCCCUAGCGGGGAAUGUAACAGACUAGCAUUUUAAAGCAGUGUGGUGACGUGUGAGAAUUUAGUGCUUCCUUGGGUCUGAGAACUAAACUUCAAGGUCAGUGCUGGUAUUGAGAGACUAGGAGGCUUUGCGUAGUAUAAAGGCCGGGGAAGGAAGUGGGGUAGGAGGGACUGUUCUAAGCCAGAAGGCCAGGCACAAAAUGAGGCAGCGGGGAAACAGUUGCAGUGAUCUAAUAAAGAGGCUCUUCUCUGCACCCGGGUAGCGGCACCUAACCUAAUUGGCUUCUAGAACUUCAGGGUCUUUUCUUCUUCCGGAUUAGUACGUGGUUAUUGCAGGGUAGUCUAAAAUACUGGCCUGGCCUGACAAACACAACAGGGCGGGAUCCAUACAGUUCUUAAGAGACCAAUUGUGUGCCAUACCGACAAGUUGGAAAGAAACUUUUCCUAUAGAAUUCUAACAAAGAAGAAACCUUCGCAGAACAAGAAACUUUAAACACGUGCACUUCCAGAAACUCUGUUAUUGAUUUAAUUUUUUUUUGGUGGUGGCUUUAAAAUUUAAAAAGCCCUGAUUAUUUGAGUUUCAAAUUCUCUGCGAUUAACCUAAAAAGUCAAAGGUUAAAUGCAGGGCUUUUUGGAUAGCAAGGCACUCCUUUGCAUAUUAGGCCACACACCCCUGAUGUAGCCAAUCCCCAAGAGCUUACAGAAGGCCCUGUAAGUUCUUGGAGGAUUGGCUACAUUCGGGGUGUGUGGCCUGAUAUGCAAAGUAGUUCCUGCUUCCAAAAAUGCUCUGGUUAAAUGAGAUCUCAAAAUAAGAAUUCACUGUUCUCUUGUAAGUUUGUUUCUAGAGAAACAGCUGUGCAGAGCCUCAGUCCAGACUAGGGCAAGGAUACUAGGGAGAGAGGGAUUUAACCUUCCCUUUAGGGUUGCCAGUAAAUAUUAUUGGAUGGCUCUAAGCACUAGAAAAAAAGAUAAUUUUUCUGCUCAUUAUGGUAAUAACAGAAUUUUGUAUUGGACACAAAACAUAUCAAUAAAAGCAUGAUCCAAAUGAUUAAUUUAUGAAUGACCAGUUGCCAUUGAAAGGAGCAGGGCAUUUAUGGUGGUGGCGCCAGAACUAGGGAAUGCUCUCCCUCCAAAGACUGGUGUCCCUUCCUCUCUUUGCCUCUUCUUGGAAGCAAGGGAAUACAAUCAUCCCGUAUCGUUUGGGGAGCCAUUUUCUUCCUGUAACAAGCAUUUGUUUUAGAUUAUUAAAGAAACAUGUUUUUAUUCUGUAAGUUUAUCCUGCUGAAAAUCGUGCAAAUAAAUAAAACUCGGAAGACUAUA